AUGUCGUCCAACAAGGAGCCUCAAAGCCAGGUCCCCGCCCACAGCAAGGGCUCGUGGUCGAGUUUCCUUAAGUCGAUUGCUUCUUUCAAUGGAGACCUCUCAUCCUUGACAGCCCCGCCUUUCAUCCUGUCCUCCACCUCUCUUACCGAAUAUUCCGCGUACUGGGCCGAACACCCCGCCGUUUUCGUGGCGCCCGCCAAGGAGGCUGAUCCCGAGAAGCGUGCCCUCCUUGUCCUCAAAUGGUUCCUUACCACCUUACACCAGCAAUACUGCAGCCGCAGUGAGAAGCUGGGUAGCGAGAAGAAGCCUCUCAACCCCUUCCUGGGCGAGCUGUUCAUCGGCAAGUGGCUGGCCGAUGCCGACCAGGACUUGGGUGAGACCAACUUGAUCAGUGAGCAAGUCAGCCACCAUCCUCCCGCCACGGCAUAUGCCAUCCGCAACGAAAAAUAUGGAGUUGAGCUCCAAGGCUACAAUGCCCAGAAGGCAUCCUUCUCAAGCACCAUCCAAGUCAAGCAGAUCGGUCAUGCUCAGUACACCUUGACCCCUCCCGGCUCCAGCGAAAAGGAACGCUACCUAAUCACCCUCCCCAAUCUACACAUUGAAGGCCUCAUCUACGGCACACCCUAUGUUGAACUGGAGAAGUCAACCAAGAUUGCCAGUAGCUCUGGCUAUGUUGCGAAGAUCGACUACUCUGGAAAGGGCUGGUUAAGCGGCAAGAAGAACACUUUCACCGCUAGCCUGUUCAAGGCCAGCGAGGGUGAGAAGAAGCCUCUGUAUACUAUUGACGGACAAUGGUCAGACACCUUCAACAUCAAGGACGCCCGCACCAAGCAGGUCGUUGAUACCUGGUCCACCAAAGAGAACGCCACGACACCGCUCACCUUGGCUCCUGUCGAGCAGCAGGACCUGUACGAGAGUCGCCGCGCGUGGGCCGAUGUGGCGGCCAACAUUCAGAAGGGCGACAUGGACGCCGUCUCUGCCUAUAAGUCGCGAAUUGAAAACGCCCAGCGCGAUCUACGCCGUGCGGAGAAGUCCGAGGACCGUGAGUGGGAACGCCGCUUCUUCAACUGCAUUGACGAAGCGGACGACGAACCCGAGUUCCAGCAUCUGGCGAGCUCCCUCGGUCUCGCCGGAAACUUGGAAGGCGACAAGACUGGUGGAAUCUGGCGCUUUGACGCCACCCGCGCUGCGGGUGCUCAACCCCCGUAUCACAAGGUUGGCGGGGUUGGACUGGGCCUCACUGAGUAG